AUGGCCUAUAAAGAUUGGUUUCCUCAAGAAGCAACUAAUAAUACGCUUGAAGAAAGCGAUCUGGAUCAAGAGAAUAGUGUAAUGGAUUACAGCUGCUCAAAUAUAUCUGAACUAGUGCCAUCACCACCAGACAUUCCACCACGUAUUGCGAUUCCAUCGACAACAACUAAUAAUUCGCGUUUUCUCACGCCACAAUUACCUAGGCCCACUAAAAGUUUCCAUCGACAAAAUCCAGCAGUUUCGCAAUCUCUUCGAAAAAAUCGAAACAAAGCCAAUAAUUACACCAACAUCUCUGUUUAA